AUGAUGGCAGCCUGGGGAUCAGUUUUGGCUGUGGUAGCGAUAGCGGGAUGUGCGUAUACCGUGCGCGUGCCCCAAUCUCGUGCCAAUGACGUCACGCUAUCAUUGGAACCGCAACUCACGGGAGGAUUUAAAAUGUUCCUGAUUAAAGACGACAACCGCGAGGAGAUUGCACACAUAGGUCGCACUCUCGUCCAACCGUACUCCAUGGAGGAGUUCGCGGGCGGGGUGGAGGUCCAGAUGGGGGGAGUCAACCUCACCAUCCGGACAGAGUACGACGCGGAGGCCGGCGCGAGAGCCAUACGGAUACGCUGGGACGCGCCGAGCAUGACCAGACUCGAGGAUUGCAUAUUAUUCGGCAGUAAGCAAUGGUAUGCCGGUCCAAUGCAGAUCGAUCAAUUAUAUCCCGUUCAAACAGCACCAAAGCCGUACUCCGCAUACGUAUCCUCGGAAAAUGACAACGGAGCUAUUGUAGAGAGAUACUGGCUCAAUUCCGCAGGCGAAUACAUUUACGUAUACCCCGAAAUCCCGUUAUUCGUAGACUACAAUAAUUUACUCCAGAAUCAUCUCUGCUUCGGAGCGCAAAUAGCAGAACCAUAUUCUACAAAAAGAGAGCACACACCCUUAGCUUACGACAUUUGGCUUCUUUCUGACGUCAAAUCCGCUCACAAGCACGCUGUGAAGAAUUACCUGGGUCAGCCAUCAGAUGUGCCGGACUUCAGGAUGGUUCAACACCCGAUAUGGUCGACCUGGGCGCAGUACUCUAGAGAAAUUAACGAAACGAAUCUCUUAGAAUAUGCGGAACAAAUUAUUGAUAAUGGAUUUAACAACUCCCAGUUUGAAAUCGACGAUCUGUGGGAAGUGUGCUAUGGUUCGCUGACAGUUGACGAGCAGAAGUUUCCUGACUUCGCUGGGUUUGUCCAGAAGCUGAAAGAACUCGGCUACCGAGUGACGCUAUGGGUGCAUCCGUUUAUCAACAGCAACUGUGAGCCUUGGUACACCGAAGCGUUAAGUAACGGAUACCUAGUGUUGAACGAAGAGGGUAGUACGAACACCACGUGGUGGAACAACAACGGCACGAACGCCGGCUACGUCGACUUCACCAAGGUCUCUGCGGCCGAGUGGUUCUACAGGCGAGUGAAGAGGCUGCAGGACGCAUACGGCAUCGACAGCUUUAAGUUCGACGCCGGUGAAAGCAGUUUUGCUCCACAGAUCUCCGUUCAAAAUGGUAGCAUUGAUCUUCAACCACAUCUCAUCGUUGACUCGUACGUGAAGACUUGCGCGAGGUUCGGAGAUAUGAUCGAGGUGCGCGCAGGCUUCAGAACGCAGCAUUUGCCAGUGUUCGUACGCAUGGUUGACCGCGACUCGAUAUGGGGCCACAACAACGGCCUUCCCACCGUCAUCACGACCGCCCUCCAGAUGAACCUCAACGGCUACACGCUGGUGCUGCCCGACAUGAUCGGCGGGAACGGCUACAACCUGGACCACGAGCAAGCUGACCUGCCGACCAAGGAGUUGUUCAUCCGAUGGGUGCAAACCAACACCUUCCUGCCGGUCAUGCAGUACUCGUUCGCGCCGUGGAACUUCGACGACGAGACGGUGGAAAUAAGCAAGAGGUACACAGAACUCCACGCAGAGUACGCGGAGAAGAUAUACGAAGCUAUGCAGGCGUCCGUGGAAGAAGGAUCGCCGGUAACUGCACCGCUUUGGUGGCUCGAUCCUGAUGAUGAAGAAGCGUUGCUAAUAUGGGACGAAUACUUAGUCGGCGAGGAGAUUCUCGUCGCCCCGGUGUUGAAGGAGGGUGCCACCUCUCGCGACAUCUACCUCCCCAAAGGAGAAUGGUUCGAGGGCGGUGACCCCGAGCGCCCCCACUCCGGGCCUACCUGGCUACACUCGCACCCGGCGCCGCUCGAUGUGUUGCCAUUCUUCGUCAGGCAGUCGAGUGACACGGACGUCGCUACUGCACCAGUAGUGUCUGGGAUAAUUUUAGUUUUAGGACUGAUUGUCGCUACGCUUUUUUAA